AUGUCGUUCAAGCUCGGCGACCGCGUCAUUACAGAAAACAACGGAAAGGGCGUGAUCGCCUUCAUCGGCACCACCCAGUUCGCCGAAGGUGAAUGGAACGGGCUGAUCCUCGACGAGCCGCGCGGCAAGAACAACGGCUCGGUGCAGGACGUGGCGUAUUUCGAGUGCGAGCCCGGCUACGGCCUCUUCGUUCCUACCAAAAAGCUGCGCCUCGAGAAGCCUGCCACCUCGACGACUCCGGCACGCCCGCAGACCCGCAGUCAAGCCUCGAAGCUCCGCGCCCCUACCUCCAAGCUCACUACACCCGCUUCGACGCCCGGGAUCAGCCCGGCCGAGUCAGUGGAACAGCUGAAGGUCUCCCCACCGCAACAACCCACCACUUCCGCUCCACCCCCCAAGAAGGAGGCACCAUCAGGGCUGAAGCAACCUUCCUCCGUCACCCCGGCACCAAUUGACAUCAAGAAGCCGGCCGAUGUGGUCGAAGCGGCGCCCGCGUCCCCGUCCGUCAAGGAGCGCGCCCAGAAGAUUAUGGAGGAGCCCGCGCCGACAACGCAGAAUUGCCAAGUUGUCGUCGAGGAGCCGCCGCACGAGAAGCGCCCAAGCCUCCCCCCGCCACCCACCCUUCCCCCCGGCAUCAGCGAGGGCACCGAGGUCGACAUUCUGCGCUACGAGAACAAGGAUCUCAAGGAGAAGAUGGAGACGUUGAGGAUGCGCCGCCAGGAUGACCGGGAAAAGCUGAAGGAGCUGGACAAGGUGAAGAUGCAACUGCAAGUACAGCUCGACAGCCGCCAGCGAAUGAUGGAACAACUGCAACAAGCGCUCGCCAAACUUGCCGAAAAGGAGAGGGAAAUCGACGAGCUGACGCAGUGGCGGGUGGCGAACCACGACCUGCUGGCCAACCACAGCGAAGACCUCGAGCUGGCCCACGUGGAGAAGCAGAUCCUGGAGCAGAGGGUCGAGACGCUCGAGGCUGAGCUUGACGAAGUCCGUGGGCAGGCCGACCUGGCGCAGACGGAACUCGAGAUCCUGAAGGAGGAGAUGGCCGAGGGGACAACUGCCGACGGACAACAGCAGCAAGGCGGUAUCGUCAACUCGGUGCAGGCGAGGGCCCUCCAGGAGCAGAUCGAGAAGCUUACCGCCGCGUGUAUCGCGCUGCGCGACGUCAAUGGCAACCUGAAGGGCGACAACCAGACGAUGGGCAAACAGCUCGACGAGCUGCGCCAACAAAACACGCAACUCCUCAUGGCCGCCGAGAUUGCGAAAAAGGGCCACGACGAGGCGGAGAAGCGGAAUCUCGGACUCAAAGAACAACUCGACGCCCUCGUCGAAUCACAGGACAUGGUCGACGCGCUGACGAUGAAGAUCUGCGAACUGGAGGAGCAGAAGAUGGUCAUCGAAGAUGAACUGGCCGACAUGACAGCCAUUCACGAUAUGGACGUGCAGAUUCUCGAGACGCACGUCGCCAAUGAGAAAGACUUUCUGAGGGAUAUCGCCGAGAGGGAGCAUCGAAUUCAAGAGCUCAACCAGAAGCUGUUCGAGGAGGGAACACACGCCGAGAACCUCUCCUCCACCAUCCUCCGCUUCAAGAAACGCGUCGAGGAGCUGAACGAGCAGCUGCAGGAGAUGAAGGACCAAGAGCUGCGCUACCAGGAGGCCCUCAACAACCGCGGCGAGGACAAGGCCGGCAAGCUGGCGGGCAUCGUCAGCGAGCUGCAGACGAGCCAGGGGAAGAGCUUUGCCCAGAUGGUCGACUCCUCGGUGCGUGCCAUCGAGCUCGAGUACGCCGGCAAGCAGAUCAACUACCUGCGCGCGUUCCUGCCCGACAACUUCACCAAGGCCGGAGGGGACGGCGACUCGGUGCUGCUGUCUACAGUAUUCCCGCGUGUCUGGGCCAAAGCCCAACUCCUGGCCCGACUUGUGGAUGAGAGAUUCCCGGGUGUGCCGGGAGGGAUGCGUCUCGAACAUGUCACCAAGUCGCACAAGGCCGAGCAGUGGGCACAGGCGGCCAGGAUUCGCAGCCUCACCGCCGGCAUCGCCACCCUUGCCGCCCAGUUCGAAAGCGCGCUGCAGCUGUGCUCGAUGGAUGUGCUGGCAAAGAUCUCGGAGAAGCAGCCGGACGUCAGCAACCAGGAGAAGACCCUCGACAACUAUAUCGAUCUCCUCAAGCAGGGCAGGCUGGACGAGAACUCUUCCCUCGACGGCCUCAAGAAGAUUGCCACCUGCUUUACGAACAUCUUCACGGUGCACAUGGCCAGCCAGCCGUACGACACGACGCGAUGGACGCAGAACACCCUGCAACAGCUGUCGACGACGAUCGGCUGGUGGCGGGUGAACGCGCAGCGGGUGUGCUUCUUCGUGAACGGAGGAGACGGAGAGGGAACCGAGGUCGUCGACAUGACAACCACAUUCCAAACAACCAUCGACGAGUGCGCGAAGCUGAUCGCUGCCGCGUUGCGUGUCGUACCCGCCGAGAAACGCCUUCAACUCACACCACAGUUCACGGAUGAUCUCUCGGCUGUGCAGCACUAUUUCGAUCUUCUGGCCCUUGUCUAUCAUGAAGCGGCUUCGGUGGCUUCUGCCCAAUCUGGUGUCGACGACUCUGAGGGCAUCGAUGCUGACCGUAUCCGUGAGAUCUUCCACGCCGCCGUCACCAAGAUCCACGGCUCCAUCCAAAUCGACAACACUUUCCACCCGCUACAACAAUGGCUGUCGACUCUGCGCGAGACGUUGACCACAAUCAGGGAUACUCUGGAUUCGGGCCGCCUCGAGGCAGAUCCCCUGCCGAAACAACCGUAUCCCCCCGUACUCGAGAGGGCAAUGCUGAGGAAACAGGCGGCUGCCGAUGCUGAGGGACUGAAAUGGCAAAUCGAAAAGAAGGAGGCCACCAUCAACGAGCUGAAGAAGAUGCUCAAGGAGAGACAGGAUGACAUCUCCAAUUACAAGUUGCGACUGGAGAUGGCGGAGAAGCGGGUGGAGAGCUCGGGAAAAGUGGAAGGGGUGAAGGCGCAGCACUGGGAGCAGAAGUACGAACAGCUGCACGCCGACGCCAAGAAGCGCGAGACGGAGCUCGACCACCAGAUCCGCGAGCUCAACCAAGAAGUCGAGGCGCUGCACCGCGAGAACGGAGAUCUCAAGGAGAGGACAAAGGCCAUGAGCAGGAAUGCACUACUUCAUGGCAUGAAAACGGCCAGCAACUUCGAGAUGUCCUCCGUAGCGUCUGCAAGCCGUUCAAGCGCGGAUCGUGGCCCAAUCUCGGGCUCAACCCCGGCCUCCUCAAUCGAGUUCCACUACAUGCAACAACAGGUCGUCGAUCUCCAGAAGCGUCUCCACUACGCCACCGCUGAUCUCAGGAGGCUUGAGGCCGAAAAGGCGUCGCUCUCGUGUGGCGCAUCACUUCGUGUCCCGAUGGCCGUGGCCGGUCGGUGUUCCCUCGAACACUAUGCACAUACCGAUGGACUGGAGAAACAGCUGAAGGCCAUCUUUGAUGAGGCGAUGGAACUGAAAAAGGACGAGAUCCCGCUCGAAUUCUUCAAAUGCGAAUGGACGACACGGGAUGGACAACAGCAACAGAACAAGGAACAAUGGAGGACACAGAGGAGGACCUUCAUGGCACGCGCCAAUGCCCUGCGCAACCGUUUCAUCCAACUGGCCAAGCAGCUCGAGUACCGCGACGUGGAGAUUGAUGCAAUCGUCGCCGGCUUCCCCAUCCUCACCCCCGAGCCCAACGCGAGCCCGGCGCGUUUCGCGGAGAUUUGCAAGAAGUGGGGCAUCCCGACGGCCGCC